AGAUAGUACUUAUGUCUCAAAAUAUUUUUACUAAAGUAUUUAAUUCACAAUUUGUCCACAUCUAUGAUCGAAGCCGUAGUGAUCCUCUUAAAGCAUUGCAAUCAAUGAAUAGGCUUAGAGUUCCGUGGAUCUCAUCUUUCAUCUCGAAGAAUACACAAGUCAGGCCUGAUCGUCCUCUUGAAGGGAAUAAAAUACUUGAUGUUGGAUGUGGUCCAGGAAUUCUCUCUCUUGCACUUGGUCGAUUAGGUGCAGAAGUUGUUGGAAUUGAUGAAGUUCAGAGUGCAAUUAAUUUAGCUCAAAAAUCGAGUUUCACUCUCUCCCCAGAACUUCGAUCAAAUACAAAAUUUGUGACUGAUACGAUUGAAAAUUUUGCUUUAAAUGAAGACAAUCAUCAUGUUUUUGACGCAGUGGUUGCCUCAGAAGUUGCAGAGCAUGUUGCAGAUCUUAAUCUUUUUGUUAAAACUUGCUGCAAACUAGCAAAACCUAAUUCUCCAAUAUUCUUCACUACAAUAAAUAAAACAUUAUGUAGUUGGAUAUUUGCUAUACUCGUUGCAGAGGAUAUUUUGCGACUUUUACCAAAAGGACUUCAUGAAUACGAAAAGUUUGUUAGACCUGAGGAUCUUCGAAGAUUGCUUGUUGAUGAACAAUGUCGACUUGGACAUACGCGUGGCAUGUUCUAUAAUCCACUGACUGAUCAUUGGACUUGGACUGAUUUCACAGAAAUUAAUUAUGGAUUGGUUGCAUUUACAAAGCCAUAUUAG